CCGGCGGAGAACGAGAGCAAGGCCGGCGCGACCCUGUUCUUUCCCCAGCUCGACUACCCACGAACCGGUUUCCAGCCUGUGAACAUGGAAGCACCGGCCCCGGACCCGCCGCCGCCUGGAUACGCGCAGCACUGGUACAAUUCCGCGGCCCUAGAGUCUGCGGCGGUCCAUCCCGCUGAUUGCCAUCCACCGCCCGGGCCUGUCCACCCGGCGCCAGAGGCCGCACAGGCAGCUCCAAAACGAAAAAGAGGAAGACCAGCAGGAACACAGCAAAAGAAAUCUGAGGGAGCAGGAAAUAAGCGAGCCAAAACAGAAGCAAAAUCAGGGGGAAAGCAAGAGAAAAUCACAGAUUCUUUUAAAACCGUGAAGAGAAAAAUUGAUCGCUUCAACGGAACAACAGAAGCUGAGCUUUUGACAAAAACCUUACCAGAUAUAUUGACCUAUGGCUUGGACAUUGUGAUUAUUGGAAUUAAUCCUGGGUUGAUGGCUGCAUACAAAGGACAUCAUUAUCCUGGACCUGGAAAUCAUUUUUGGAAGUGCUUAUUUAUGUCUGGUCUUAUUGAUGUGCCUUUAAAUCACAUGGAUGAUGCUUCUUUACCAGAGAAAUAUGGAAUUGGUUUCACAAACAUGGUGGAGAGAACUACUCCAGGAAGCAAAGACCUUAAAAGUAAAGAGAUUCGGGAAGGAGGAAAAAUACUUCUGCAAAAACUGCAGAAAUAUAAGCCACGGAUUGCUGUUUUUAAUGGAAAAUGCAUUUAUGAAAUAUUUAGCAAGGAAGUGUUUGGAGUUAAGGUCAAGAAUUUGGAAUUUGGGCAACAGCCACACAAGAUUCCUGAAGGAGAAACCGUGAUCUAUGUCAUGCCCUCUUCCAGUGCAAGGUGUGCACAGUUUCCUCGGGCCCAGGAUAAGGUACAUUAUUAUAUCAAGCUAAAGGAACUACGAAAUCAUUUGAAAGGCAUUAAGAAUGCUCCAGAAGUCACAGAAGUUGAAUACUCGUUUGAUUUGCAGAAAGCUCAAGUGGAAGCAAAGAAAAUGGCAAUCAAAGAGGAAAAAUAUGACCCUGGCUAUGAAGCUGCUUAUGGUGGUGCCUACCUUGAAAGAACUGCUGAAAGCAAUGGGCAAUGCAAUUUUGCUGCUACUGAACCAGCAACCAGCAACUCCGAAUUCAAUGUGGACUCAACAUUUUGUCAAGUUCCUGAUGGCCAGUGGAUGACCCAGUCAUUUGCUGAUCAGAUUCCUUCAAUCAACAAUUACUGUGCACAGCCUCAAGAAGGUUCAUCAUGAAUUGACAAUAUUUGCAGAAUCUCCAUGUUGCUGCAGUUUAAUGCAGUAAUAACUCAGUUUUUGAACUGAGGAGCUCUUGAAAAUUUUCUUUUGUAAUGUUUUAACUCUAGAAUUAUGUGUAAACUUAAUGUAGUAAUGUUCAGAAAGCUGAACUUUUAAACUUUCAGAAUUGCCCAAAGUAUUUAUGGGGGAAAAGGUAGUUUAAAAGAAGUUUUAAGUGCUUUUAAGAUGGUCUUGUAGUUAUUUUCUUCCUGUACUACAGUUCUAUUUUGCUCAACUAUUUAAAUUGUAAGGCAGUUAAGUCAUUAAAAUAUUGUUGCAGCAGGUUCUUAACCUGUACUGAUUGCUCAGAGUGGUUGAGGUUCAAAAAAUAUUAAGGCGACUUUUCAAAGUUUGUCACAGAGGUUUGCUGAUUUGGAGCUUUUGCACUGUACCUUUCUCAGAAUAUGCACACACUGAAAUUCUAUCAAUAGCAGUUUCAAUUUCAGAAUUGGCUAAUUAUAUUGGACCAUUAGUUGGCUAAUCAUGAGUUUUUUAAUAUAGAGGAAUGAAAGUGGAUCCAGGUGCCCAUUUGUUUAUGCAAAUUCAAUGCAAAAUCAGAGUGUUUUCUGUUCUGAAGUACUUGUUGGUUGGUUGGAAUUGCCUCUGGGGAAAAUUAAAAUUCUACUGAGCAAAGCUUCUUUGUGAUCUCAACUUACAGAUUCAGUCUUCACUAACUUUUAUAAGGGUGCUAAACUAUAGUGAAGCAAUAGCACAAAGUACCAUACUUUUCAGUGCCAUUGCUGUUAAAACUUGAAUAUGGGCUACUUUUUAUUUAAAGUUACUCAAUAUAGAUUAUCUAAAGGAUUCAGAUUUUGGUAAUAAAUGUGCUGUCACUUUACCUAAUUGCUCAGUUUAAAAUCAUGAUUAUUUCUUGAAAAGAAUUUUGAUCAAAACACUGAUUUGAAAGCUUGAAAAAAAAUCAGUAAUCCUUGUGCAAAUGUUUUAAUUGGUUUUUUAAACAAAUCUCUGGUGUUUCAGGCUUUAAUUUUAUUGUAUUAUUAAGGAAAAUGAUUUUUGUAAAUUUUAAUGUGAUAAUUAAAUGGAGCAUUUACAAUUCUGAAAUGCAUGUAUUUUGGAGGAAUUUUCCCUUCAAAUUAAAUUUGUGCAACAGCUUUUACAUUGAUAUGUUCUCACAUAUUUAAAUAUAGAAGACAAAGUGAUUUACCUAGGUUAAUUAGAGCUCAUUUGCUUUGAGUUUUGUCCCUACUUUCAAUGACAUGGUGCUUUAGCAGCCAAUCCUCGUACCCAGACCAAUUUGAUAAGUAUUUUCUGACCGGCUAUAAAACACAUAGGAUCAAGAAUCUGAGAACCUUGCCAAAAUAUCAUUUCAUCUGUGCCCUGAUAUUGUAGUUCUAGGUGGUGGCAUUGCUUCUGAUGUCAGCCUUGCAGGGAUCAUUGAGUGCAAAGGAGCUGGAGGAUUAAGUGGAUUACCUUGGAUUGUCUGUAUGUCUCUUCACAGCCUACCUAUCUGACUAUGAAACAUUCUCACAGAUAAACUGGACUAAAAUGAUAAUGUAGCCCAGAAUAAAAAUUGGCCCAACACUCGAUUAACUGGCCCUGUCAGUCCUAUCCUCCUCCUGUGUUACAAUCAAGACUUAUCAUUCUUGUUUUAAUUUCAGCCACCUGUGACAUAACACUUUGUAAAUGCCUUACCUGUUCAUUAAGAAAACCAUUGUAUCCGAUUGUGAGUUUUCAACUGUUCCCAAAACUUUUUUUAAAAAGUUGUUGCAUGGGUUAUUUCAGAUUGCACUCAGAUCACCUGAUCUAAUGUAUAAAAUGUUCUUAAAUGUACUUGAAGUGAAUGGGCAGCUACUGGAAACCUGUUAAUGUAAUGUCAUUGUUUACUACUUGUAAAGUUGGUGCUGAUACCUCUCAAGAGGGUUCUGAAAUCUAGCCAAAAAAAAAACAAUAAAAAUCUGAGUUUUUUAAAAAGGCAUCUUCAUUUUA